UAGUGGUUCGUGUUGGUUUCGUCUGCUAGUUUCUGUCAACUCUGUACUGGAAAGUGGUUCUUCAAACCAAGAUGAUUUUAACAUUUUUGAAAUGGACAGUAUCUUCGUUCAACAUGGCGAGGGAAUAGUUUUUAAAAUGGUGUUUCACUGCUGUCACCAAAAAGAGCUGGGGAGAGGGUCGCUCGCACUGUUGUUAGUAUCGAAUUUUUAAGAGGAGUAACGGAACGCCCGAGGUUUGCUCAUAACGAUGUUGGGGCGAAAGCAAAGUCUGAAAGGAGAGCAGCUACUCGCGGACUACGGUCCCGAUGAAUGCCUCAACGAAAGUGCGGAUAUAGAAUGGGUCAACAAGAUCUGGGUGAGGCGCUUGAUGCGGGCCUGUGCCUUGCUGAGCCUCAUCUCUGUCAGCCUCAAUACUCCCAAAACCUUUGAACGGCACCCACCUCUUCAGUAUGUCACCUUCAUUACUGAUCUAGUAGUAUCAUUUCUGUACACUGCUGAAAUGGUGGCUAAAAUGCAUAUUCGUGGCAUCCUAAAGGGGGACAGUCCAUACUUGAAGGAUCAUUGGUGUCAAUUUGAUGCAAGCAUGGUUUUCUUCUUGUGGAUGUCAGUCAUCCUGCACACUUUUGAAAUGCUUGGCAUUGUACCCCGUUUUAGUUAUCUUUCUAUUUUGAGAGCGCCUAGACCACUUAUAAUGAUACGCUUCAUACGUGUCUUCCUCAAGUUUUCAAUGCCAAAGUCUAGGAUAAAUCAAAUUUUCAAACGAUCCAGCCAGCAAAUUUACAAUGUAACACUGUUUUUCUUAUUCUUCAUGUCGCUUUAUGGCUUGCUAGGAGUACAGUUCUUUGGAGAAUUGAAAAACCACUGUGUAUUGAAUGAAACAGAACCAAGGCACAUCACAAUUAACAGUUUGGCCAUACCUGACACAUUCUGUUCGACUGACCCUGACUCAGGGUAUCAAUGUCCCACUGGAAUGAAAUGCAUGAAACUGGAGCUUUCACGUUACACCAUGGGGUUCAAUGGGUUUGAUGAAUUUGCCACGAGUAUCUUUACGGUGUACCAAGCAGCCUCACAAGAAGGUUGGGUUUUCAUCAUGUUUCGGGCAUGGGAUUCUCUGCCAAGUUGGAGAGCUGCCUUCUACUUCUCCACAAUGAUCUUCUUUUUGGCUUGGCUGGUGAAAAAUGUUUUCAUUGCCGUAAUUACUGAAACUUUCAAUGAAAUAAGAGUACAGUUCCAGCAGAUGUGGGGGGUUCGAGGCCACAUUACGAACAAAACUGCUUCACAGAUAUUGAUGGGUGAUGAUUCUGGUGGCUGGAAAUUGGUAACACUUGAUGAUCACAAGAAAGGAAGACUUGCUCCAGAAAUAUGUCAGCGUGUCUUGCGAUCCGCUUGGUUCAGAAUGAUAACUAUGAUGGUCAUACUGAGCAAUGGUGUUUGUAUGGCUACUAUGAACUUUAAACAUGAUGAGCGCCCAAGAGAGGACUUCUAUGAACAUUACUAUUACAUUGAGCUCUGCUUUACUAUAUUUUUGAAUUUGGAAUCAUUAUUUAAAAUAUGGUGCCUUGGAUUUCGAACGUAUUUCAAGCAAUCAAUUCACAAGUUUGAACUAUUACUAGCCAUAGGCUCAACUCUGCACAUAAUUCCAUAUUUAUAUCUCUCAGGACUUGCAUACUUUCAGGUAUUCCGGAUUGUCCGCUUGAUCACAGCAUCUCCCAUGCUUGAAGACUUUGUGUAUAAAGUCUUUGGUCCUGGUAAAAAACUAGGAAGUCUCAUUAUCUUUACCAUGUGCCUGUUGAUUAUUUCUUCAUCAAUAUCCAUGCAACUAUUCUGCUUUCUUUGUGAUUUUACUAAAUUUGAAAGCUUUCCUGAGGCCUUUAUGUCUAUGUUCCAAAUUCUCACCCAAGAAGCAUGGGUUGAAGUUAUGGAUGAGACAAUGUUGCGAACCAGAGAAACCCUGGCUCCUCUUGUUGCCGUUUAUUUCAUUUUAUAUCACUUGUUUGUGACUUUGAUUGUGCUCAGCUUGUUCGUCGCUGUCAUUCUUGACAAUUUAGAAUUGGAUGAAGAUAUAAAGAAACUAAAGCAGCUCAAAUUUCGAGAACAAAGUGCCGAAAUCAAAGAAACUCUCCCCUUCCGACUCAGAAUUUUUGAGAAAUUUCCGGAUAGUCCUAAGAUGGCUUGUCUUCAUAAACUUCCUUCCGACUUCAUUUUGCCAAAGGUUCGAGAGAGUUUUAUGCGCCACUUUGUGACGGAAGUGGAGGAUGAUGAGAUAGAAGGGAUGAAACGAGUCAGUGAGGCAUUUGACUCCAAAGUUGUGUAUCGGAAACAAAAGCCUGUGCAUCUUCUCACCACAACCCUGAAAGUCCGGAGUGUCAGUGCAGAUCUUCGCAAGGCUGCUAUUACCUAUAUCAUCAAUGAUUCAAACAACCAACGACUCAUGCUGGGAGAUUCAGCAGUUAUUGCUGUGCCAGGCAAGGGGCCUCUCAACCCUCAAGGCACAAUCAGCAGUGCCAAACAGCUUCGAAUCGAUCAGAAAAACAUGCGAUCCAGGUCUAUUCGUCGCAGCGUUCGCAGUGGAUCGAUCAAGCUGAAGCAGACCUACGAGCAUCUGAUGGAGAACGGCGACAUCGGCGCAAUGAACCGAGUCAGUGCAACGAGAGCGAGACCUCACGAUUUGGACAUCAAGCUGCUGCAGGCAAAGCGACAGCAGGCAGAAAUGCGAAGAACUCAGCGAGAAGAUGACCUGCGAGAAAACCAUCCAUUCUUCGACACUCCUUUAUUUGCCGUACCUAGGGAAAGCACUUUCCGUAGAAUUUGUCAGCGAGCUGUGUAUGCACGUUACGAUGCUCGAUUAAAAGAUCCUUUAACAGGAAAGGAACGGAAAGUACAGUAUAAGAGACUUCACAAUUUUCUUGGUUUGGUCACCUACUUAGACUGGGUUAUGAUUUGUGUAACUACCUUGUCAUGCCUGUCAAUGAUGUUUGAAACGCCAAAGUAUCGAAUCAUGGAUUCACCAGCUCUUCAAGUUACUGAAUACUGUUUUGUGUUUGGGAUGAGUGUUGAACUUGCUUUGAAGAUCUUAGCUGAUGGUCUCUUCUUCACUCCCAAAGCUUACAUGAAAGAUGUUGCUUCUAUUCUUGAAAUGUUCAUCUAUGUGGUUAGCUUAUCAUUUCUCUGCUGGAUGCCCCAAAAUGUUCCACCUGCUUCUGGUGCACAGUUGCUCAUGAUUCUACGCUGUGUUCGGCCCUUACGAAUUUUUAUCUUGGUGCCGCACAUGAGAAAAGUUGUUGAUGAGCUGUGUAGAGGUUUUAAAGAAAUUCUUUUGGUAUCAACUCUUCUCAUUGUCCUCAUGUUUGUUUUUGCAAGUUAUGGUGUUCAGAUGUUUGGAGGACGUCUUGCAAGAUGUAAUGACCCUACAAUUGUACGAAGGGAAGAUUGCAUUGGUGUUUUCAUGAGAAGAGUUUUUGUCUCAAAAAUGAGGUUGCAUCCUGGGGAAAAUGAAAGCUAUCCUUCCAUGUUGGUUCCUCGUGUUUGGGCCAAUCCUCGGCGGUUCAACUUUGACAACAUAGGUGAUGCCUUGUUGGCAUUAUUUGAAGUUUUGUCGUUCAAAGGGUGGCUGGAUGUACGUGAUGUACUGAUCAAACAGUUGGGUCCAGUCUAUGCAAUUUACAUCCAUAUUUAUAUAUUCUUGGGAUGUAUGAUUGGUUUGACCCUAUUUGUCGGUGUUGUCAUUGCUAAUUAUUCUGAGAAUAAGGGCACAGCUCUUCUGACUGUAGACCAGAGACGAUGGUGUGAUCUGAAAAAGCGAUUGAAAAUUGCUCAGCCCCUUCACUUACCUCCACGACCUGAUGGACGUAAAUUCAGAGCCUUUAUUUAUGAUAUAACUCAGGCUCUCUCCUUUAAGAGAUUAAUAGCAAUGACUGUCAUAAUUAAUAGCAGCCUUCUCUGUGUUUCGUGGCGUGAAACUAAUCCAGCAACAGAUUAUUUGGCUACUGUGAGUGCUGGUCUCACUUGCAUAUUCCUAGUAGAAGUAAUUAUGAAAAACAUUGCCUUUACCCCACGGGGCUAUUGGCAGUCACGAAGAAAUCGCUAUGAUCUCCUUGUUUCUGUUCUUGGAGUAAUCUGGAUUAUGAUUUACUUCUCAAUGCAGAAUGAUUUGGCCUACACAGUUGGCUACAUGGUUGUAAUUCUACGCUUCUUCACCAUCACGGGAAAACAUGCAACUUUGAAAAUGUUGAUGCUUACUGUUGGUGUUUCAGUUUGCAAAUCAUUCUUUAUUAUUUUUGGCAUGUUCCUUUUAGUAUUUUUCUAUGCUUUGGCUGGGACAAUUUUGUUUGGAACUGUGAAGUAUGGUGAGGGAAUAGGCAGACGAGCUAACUUUGAAUCUCCUGCCACUGGUGUUGCCAUGUUAUUCCGUAUUGUUACUGGAGAGGAUUGGAAUAAAAUCAUGCAUGAUUGCAUGGUCAGCCCACCUUAUUGUACUCCUUCAGAUAAUUACUGGGAAACAGAUUGUGGAAACUUCAAGGCCUCUCUUAUUUACUUUUGUUCCUUUUAUGUGAUUAUUACAUACAUUGUUUUAAAUCUGCUAGUGGCUAUCAUCAUGGAGAACUUUUCAUUGUUUUACUCCAACGAAGAAGAUGCUCUUUUAUCAUAUGCAGACAUUCGCAAUUUCCAAAAUACGUGGAAUGUUGUUGACAUUCAUCAGCGAGGAGUGAUUCCAGUUAAACGGGUGAAAUUUAUUUUGAGAUUGUUAAAAGGGCGUUUGGAAGUGGACCCUCAGAAGGAUCGCCUUCUUUUUAAACACAUGUGUUAUGAGCUGGAGCGAUUGCAUAACGGAGAGGAUGUAACUUUCCAUGACGUCCUAAACAUGCUGUCGUACCGUUCAGUGGAUAUCCGUAAGGCUUUGCAGUUAGAAGAACUCCUUGCCAGAGAGGAGUUUGAAUAUAUAAUAGAAGAGGAAGUAGCAAAGCAAACUAUUAGAACUUGGUUGGAAGGCUGCUUGAAGAAAAUAAGAGCAUCCAAUAAACAGCAAAGUAGCUUGAUUGAUGGUUUACGAGCGACCAAUGAGGUAUUGCCAAUGCCCGAUCAUCACAUCACAGAAGACAAGAGCAAGGAGAGUAGUCUAGACCGUGACAGUGAGACCGAGCAUAAAGAGUUUGAAGGAACUCGUCAUCGUAGUAAGAAAUCUGUGAACUUGCCAAGGUCAGACAGUGUUGGAAGCGGAAGUGGGCGUAAAUAUCUUGCUCCAACUUUGUCAGAUCCAGCAGUUCGUUCGGAUAAAGAAAGUCAGCGCAGCAAGAAACGAAAUAAUAGAACACAAGGGUCAGCUAAAAAUACCAGUUUGCCACAUGUUACUGAGAGUACAGAACCUAUUAAAUGGCAGAAGGAUACUGCAACUUUACUCAAGGUUUCCUCAAUGACAAAUGAGGUGCAUGAUUGGUGGCAUGAACAACUUACUUAUAGUAACCAUUCCAGUGAGGAUGAACUUUAACGAGAAGGAAGAGAUUCCUCAUGCAUUUCUAAUUUGUUGACAUUUCUUGUUAUGUAUGACCAGUGUUGAUGGCUAAUUUUAUGAAAAGACCAAUAUUCUGAGCUUACAUAAACUGCUGUGGACAAAAGUAGCAGAUUUGGAGAAUGACUAUCCAACUCCUUAAUACUAAUAAAUUCUUGAAUGUUAGGUUCUUUUUGUGCUGGAAGAUACUUUCUGACAGACUUGAAGUUUUUAAAUUAUAAACAAAUAAAAAUGCAAACCCUGUACUAAAGCUGCCAAAAUAAAAUGGUUGGAAGGGAACAUUUAUAUAUUAAUUAGAAUCUUGUUCAAUUUUUCCUCCAAGUUUCAAUUUCUUGUUAUUGGAAAGGUAUUUCUUUACUAUUUGACAAAUAUCAGAAAACUGUAUUAUUAUUGUUUUCUUUUGAAGCACAUGUCAAGAGCAAAUCAUCUGUUUAGUAAGAAAGGUGGUGUUUGUAUUUUUAUUUAUUGUUAUUUUAUUUUUAUUUAGUUUUGUGAUUUGUAGUGCAUCCCCUUCAAUCAUAGUUUCCCCAUAAAAAGACAGGUAGUCUAGUACCUAGUGAGUCCAGGUAAAAGUGGCAUGAGUAGAAUUCAAAUCUUCUUCUUGCCACUUGCUCUAAAAUGUGUUCAGAGUUUCUUGGAAACUCCACAUUUAUUGUGAUUCCGUUUUCUAUAUUUUAUAAAGUUUUACAAAGAGUUUGUUCCUGUGCCAUGUCAAGGUUUUGCCCAUGAGUUGGGUAUGAGUGAACAAUAAAUUAUUUCUUUUCUGUUAAGGUUUUUGAGGACUGUAUAUUUUCUUUUCUGUAUGUAAGAGAGUGGGUGUGUGUGUCAACAGGGGCAGGUACUCCUGAGUGCUCAUUUUAGGGGCUGAGGCAGAAUCCUGCCGUAAAGUGAAUUAAGCCUUCGGUUCUCCUUGUAGUUUGUAGAUUAGAAGGAAUUGACUGAACUUUAUUAUUUUCUAGUUAACAUCGUGAUUAGAAAUGUGAAGUGACUAAUGGUUGCUGUAAACCGUGCUUCAUUGUUGCAUGCGUGUUGCAUGUAGAUGGCCUGGGUGGUUGCUAGAGAUUCAAGCCCUCAGCACUUACCUUUAAUUUUUUGUUGUGUUUUGUUUGUUUAUUUAUAAAAGCAGCUCUUCAGAAUAUAAAUGUCUUUUGGCUGCGGCAUUCAGAAGCUUGUUUAAAUUUUGAGCUACCCAGAUGGUAAAUGUUAUUUAAACCUCUUAAUAGUGUGAUUUCAAUUACUUCUGGAGUCUUCAAAAUUGUUACAGAGGAAAGCAUUUAAUGAUGUUUGGUCUAAGAACAAUUAGACAUUAGUUUUGUUUUGUUACUUGUUUCUGCAAAUUUAGCAUACUUCUGAUUAUGCGAAAUCAGGGAAUUUUGAACUUGACGAUGUAUUGCUUUGUGGGUCUGCAUGGAAAUAGAAAAAUUGAAAGUUUUGAGCCAGGAAACCAUUUUUCUAUUACUUAAUGUUGUUACUUAUUUCCUCUUUGUUAUUCUUGGAAAUAUUCUAUUUGUGGAUAAAUGAGUGAAUUUAUCUCACUUUGUGGAUUGUAGUGAGACUCAUACAAGGUAUGUAUACCCUCAAUGUUCAUAAUUAAAUUGUUUGAGAAGUCUGAAAA